GACAAGGACGCGGUGCUGCGGCUGCGCAACCUGACGCGGAACGUGACCGCCGAGCACCUGCGCGAGAUCUUUGGCUACUACGGAGAGGUGGUCAAGGUCGACCUCGCCGUGGACAGCGCGGUCGGCCUCUCCAAGGGCACGGCCACCGUCGAGAUGGCGAAGCGGCAGCAGGCGGAGGAGGCGGUCCGGCACAUGGACGGCGGCCAGCUCGACUCGAAUCGCGUCGGCGUCAGCCUC